UAUGUAAUAGAUUUCUCCAGAAGUUGACCAAUACCUCUAAGAAGCAAUUAAACCACUCCUUGAGAAAAUUGAAGAAUUAAAAUAAAAGGAUUAGUAGAAUGAGGAUCAGAUCAAAUUUUUGGCAGGAGAAAUCAGUUAACUCAAAAUAUUGGUUUCUACUCUUAAGCCAAUUGAAGAGAAAAGUAUUAUCAUUUAAAUUAUAAUUAGAAUAAGUAAAGUAAUAAUAGAAGUAAGAAAUCAAUGGUAAUAAUAAUGGUAAAAAUGAUUAUAUCUGGAAAAUUAGAUCAUAAAAAGCCUGAUCGUCCUUAAACAGCAAUAUAACAAAAAAAUGAGUAAAAUAAAUAAAAAGAACAAAAGCCAUAAACAGGAAGCAAGAAUUUAAGUCAAAGUGUAUUGGUAGAUAAGACAACUAAGAAUGAAGCGGAUAAUAGUAAAUUCAUUAUUCAAAAUUAGCUACUCCAAAAUCUCCAAGAUAAUCUGUUGAUAAGCAACCUAAAACUACAUAAUAAUAACCUCCUUAACAUAAACCAAAACCUGUUAAACAACCAGAAUAAAAAGACUAAAAAGAAACAAAAACUUAAAAUUAAGGUAUAAUUUUUAUAUAAUUCAUUUAGAUUAACAAUAAAAAUAAGCAAAUGCUCAGAAAGAUGAAAAGAAAGAUGAAAAGAAAAUAGAUAAAAUUAAACCUAAUAAAUAAUCUUAAUCUUCUUAACUUCCAUAAAUAGAAAAAUAAAAAGAAUAACCUAAAAAAAAUGAAAAACAAUAAGAAUUGAAAUAAAAUGGAAUAUAAAAAAGUAAUAAUUCAAAAUAACCUGAAAAGAAAGUUGAUAAUAAAUAAGAUGAUAAAAAAAUAGUUAAAAAAGGUUCUAAACCUGUUAUUUAAUCUGGAAAUUAAAAUUAAACUGAUGAAUAAUUUUAAUAACAAUAAUAGAAAGCGUAAGUACCAUAAGAAUAAAAUUCUGCAGAAAAAUAAUCUUAAGAAAAUCAUUCUGAAUAGAAUGAAUAGUAAUAAGUUAAUCAUUAAGAAAUAGUUAAUUAAGAAUAAGAAGUUGUUUAGGAUUAAGUAGUAUAAAAUCAAUUUUAGAAUGAAGUUAAUUAAGAAUAAAAAGAAGAUGAAAAUUUGUUAACUGAUAAUCACUAAGAUGAUAAUUAAAAAAUUGAAUCAGUAGAGUAAAAUCAAUAACCGGAUAUGUUUUGAGUUU